AUGCCAAAUCGUCGCGUCCCGUGGAAAAAAGAAGACAAAGAGAUUUUGUUUGCUCGUCGCAAGGAGUACGCCCACUUGACCGUGGCAGAAUUUACACAGCCUUUCCAGAAAUUUUACCCAGAGCGCACUGCUAAAGCGAUAGGUCAAACCCUUUGGCUAGCGAGUAAAAGAAAAGGGAGACUUUCGCAAAGUGGCAAAGCUGGGAUGAGUCUGGAUGCUGUGACUGCUACUACUACUACUCCUCCUUCGACGAACGACGACGACGACGACGACGACGAAGAAGACGAAGUAGACUCUAGCCCAGAAGAGCAAAAUGAGGAUAUUUCAUUCAUGGGAGAGCGAACUCCCAACAAGCGUAUCAAACGGACCUAUUCCACAAGGUCACAGGCAUCUCUAGACAAGCCUCAGGAUCCACCUAUCGUUAGAUCUCAAUCAAGUGAAUAUUCACAGCGCUUGGAUAAUUCUUCGCUGAUGUUAUCACUGCGAGCUGGUGGAAGGCAUAGUACAGAGUAUACCAGUCCCUACCAGAUUCCACAGACGAACACAUUCGAUACGAAUCCUAGCUUUUCAGCACCCCCUCCAGCUCCUACUCUCUUUGAAGAAUUUAUCGCGCAAGGACAGACGCAGAACCUUCACCAAGAGGUACAACAUGAGAAGGAAAGCGAGCAGCCGCAACCCCAAAAUCAAGCGGCACAAGGCACCGUAAAGGAAGAAAACGCCCGCUCACCAUCCGAAAUCAGAAGGCAAUUUGCCCAAGUAAACGCAGCAUUAUAUCCGAUCCUGGAGAUGGCGUUAUCUCGCAGCGAAGCUAGCGAUACGGAGAAAGUGCGUAUAGAGAGCGAGCUUCUCGCUCUUCAGAAGCAAUACGAGUCAAUGCAGACAGAUAAAGAUGGUCAAAUCUCCCAGUUGCAGGGAGAAAUUGAUCGUUACCGGAACGAAAGAGAGAAUUGGCUGAAUGGACAGAAAGAACAGGAACGCCUGGUGAAUGAGAAUGCGGACUUGAGAAGUAGGCUCCGUAAGUUGGCAUCUGAUGCUACGCAGGGACUCUAA